AGAAUUGCCACUUAGCAAGUUCAUGGAUGCCCGCAAUGGAGAAAAUUGUACUAGAUAUAGCAGAACACGCACCAAAUAUUCACAAGUCAUUCAGAUUAUAUAUGAGCUCGAUGCCUUCAAAAAAUUUUCCUGUUUCUGUUUUGCAGAAUUCUGUCAAAGUGACAAACGAACCACCAAAAGGCUUACGAGCUAAUAUGAAAAGGGCUUUUGCUGAAAUGUCACACGAUUUUUUUGAGGAGCAUCCUCUAAAUCAAAAUUGGAGAUUCAUCUUGUUUGGUGUCUGUAUGUUUCAUGCUGUGAUUCAGGAAAGAAAGAAGUUUGGCCCUUUAGGUUGGAAUAUUGUAUACGAAUUCAAUGAUAGUGACAGAGAAUUUGCUUUUAAUACUAUCGGAAUGUUUUGUGUCAAUGAACCUAUACCAUGGGAUGCUAUGGAAUAUUUAACAGGCGAAAUUAUUUAUGGAGGUCGUGUUACAGAUUAUUGGGAUUUAAGGUGCUUAAAAACUGUCUUAAAGAUUUUCUUCUCACCUCAAAUACUCACAAAAAAUUACAAAUAUUCCUUAUCAGGAAUAUAUUACUGUCCCGAACUAAAGAAACUAAGAGAAUAUAAAGAAUUUAUAGACGAAUUUCCAAUUAUUGAGGAGCCAGAAAUUUUUGGAAUGCAUAUAAACGCCAAUAUAGCAUAUCAG